ACCCAUUUGUGCUAAAAAAGUGCAAAAGAUAGCAUGCAAAUCAAAAGAGAGAAAAAUUAUUAUCAUUGCCAUUGCCAAGCAAAGGUAGAGAUUUACUUUAAAGUAAAAACAAAACUUGCGAAAAGCUUUAUCCCAUUAAUUUUUUAGACUCUCGAGUUGAGUUAAUUGUACAUGAUUGGUGGAGCUUGCCCAAAUUUUCUUUUACGAGAUAUGUACAUCAUUGAUGUGGUUUAGCUCUCUAACUGCAAGAGUUGACCUUGUAAGGUAUGUAUGAUCCACUACCUACAAUCGGAAUUUGAGUGUCACUGUCAUCGUAGUCUAGUGAGUUGUAUGAUUUUGAGUUUGGUUUAUUUGGAGACAAACAAAAUUCAAGUGUAUUGUUAUUUGAUGACAUAAACUAUACUAAAGAGCAGAUUUGUUUCAUCCCUAUAUCGAACAUCAAUUCCUAUCUAUUGAUAGGAAGAUCUUCGUCAAAUGCCCGACUUUGCCUUUUUUUAGGAUUUUAGUCCCAUAAAUAUAGCAUAUUUUACAUAACUUUCAUAUCUUUAUUGCCUUGUUUGAAAUUACAAGGAAAAUUAUAUAUCAUAUCCAAGUUAAUUGAGAUUAGGUUACCACUUACCAGGCUUUACUGCAUAUGGGCCAGGCUUCGGAAAAGAUUAGGCCGAAAAGGAAAUAUGGCCCAUAAAGCCUUUUGGGCUCGGCUCUCUUUCCUUCCCAGGCAUCCCAGCAAAUUCAAUUCUCAGGAAAGGAAGAUCAAAACCCCUUUGCAUCUCUCUCCCAAAUCCUAAAACCCUAGAAUUUGGAUAUUGAUGCUCGACAAAGGGAGAAGUGAACCUCAUUCCCUCCUCAAAUUCGACCGUGCAAGUACCCCCAUCAUCGUCGUUGCAGAUUCCCGGCGGCCGGUCGCCCGUCGUCCGCACUUGAGAAUUUUCCGACUCACAGCGCCUCUCGACUAAAGCCCUGCGAAUCAUCAUCUCAUUGAGGUACGAGUUCGACAAAAAUUGGAAUGCCCAUUGGAGAAUCGCUGAAAGCCAGGACCUUUUCUGAAUUCUGAUUGCCCCCCUGCUCUUCAGUUUCGAUUGAACUCUCAGCUAAGUAGUCUUGUUAUAUUCCCUUAAAGUUUGUGAUUAGAGAUUCCCCUGUUUCGAUAACUGUUGUGAAAUGAUCAUCGGCGCUGAGCUAAAUUUAGGUACACUAUAGGUUUGGGUUUGAAUCUAGCUGGCUGAAUUCCUUGUUGGUUGUUGAUCAGUGGCAGGAUUCGUAUGUGUCAUUGAACCAUGACGGUGUUGAAGAGAUACGUGCUAAGGCUGUUCAUAUCACUGAAGUACAUCACAGCCAACGUGGUGGACAGAAACAACGGGAGGAUAGUAGCAACAGCGUCUACCGUCGAGCAUUCACUCAAGAAGACACUCGAAUGCGGCCGAUCGUGCAAUGCCAAAGCAGCAACGGUCGUCGGAGAGGUUUUAGCCAUGCGGCUGAAGGUGGAAGGACUAGAACACGGACUUGGGAGAGGAAUUCAUACCAACAUAAACAAAGAGAUUCAGAAGAAGGGUUUCAAGAAUCGUACCAAGGUUUGGGCUGUCAUUAAUGGUCUCAGGAACAACGGUGUUAAGCUCAAUAUCGAUGACAAUGUUAAUGAUGGCUCGUCCCCGCCAGAUUCCUGAUGGGGAGAGGAGGAGUUCUCUUGUAUUUUGUUUUGGUGGUGGGUGUUUCCUCCUGUUCUGCUGUUUGUUUAGUUGUUUCGUUGCCGGAUUCCAUCAGCAAAGCAAUGGUCUUGGCAAAGAAGGGUGAAAAGGUUGCUGAUUUAACCUUAUUCUCCAGCCACAAGUUGUCUCUUUAUUCUUUCCAAAGCUGUAAAUUCAAUGUUCUGUAACUUUUACCGACUCAUGAGAGAGCUGGAACUAAAGAAAAGGAAAGUGAGCCAUUAUUGCAGCAGAAAAGGCUUGAGGUUCCUUCUCCUGGUGCCGUGCGGUGCUGCUGUUGUAAUCCAUCUUUCACUCUCAGCUUUUGGUUUCAUCUUUCACUCUCAGAUGGUCGAUAUUGCAUUGUCGAUAUUGCAUUUUCGUGUUAUAGUUAUAGAUCCAGAUGAAUAGAUCCAAAUGAAUUAAUUUGAAUCAAACCUAAUAUCCACACGAGUCGUGACCAAGAUUGUCAACCUGCGGGUCGACCCAAUUUGACUCUGACCCGAUGAGAAAAAACGGGUCACAUGCACCCGUCGGGUCGACCGUUACAAGGUACCGGUUUGGAGGUCAAAUUGUGUCAUUUUUUUCUUUGGUUUGCGAAAUGCGCUUAUUUUUCAAUUUUUCUUUCCGCCUAACUCAAUCUUUGGAAUUCUAAGUUGAACAUUUGAAUAUUUAUGUUAUAUUAGUGUGAAUUUUCACUAUAUGUUGGAUCUAAGUACGACAUGUUAUUUUGGUGGAAUAUUAUAUGUUAUAACUCAUAUGUUAGAUUAUAUUUGAUAUAAUUUAUCAGGAUAAGUACAAUAUAAUAACUCUUUUCAUAUUUCCGGGCUAAACCGGAUAACCCAUUAACCCUUGACUUACUAACUCGACCAGGUUCGAGUUAGUCUGUGGGUUGACAACCUUGGUCAUGACAAUUGGCUCUAGUUUAGAUUCCUUCUCAAUCUCUACUUUUUAUUUAUGUUUUCGUGGGUUGAAUAAUUAUGAAAGGCCAGGCCCAUCUCCACAAAUAGGUGGGCAUAAAUUCGGGAAGAGUUGGUGGGCCUGCGGGGCCCGUAGCAGGUGAAUUGUCGCUGUUGAGGACUUUACUGGUUAAGCGGGCCUCGUGCUGUGGCGCAGAGAAGGGCGGGUCACACCCAUUGCUGCCACUGGACUUCCGACACUUGUCGCGCCGUCAUUAGUUGCAACAUCAAUUCCCACGUGAUUUGGACGCUUUCCCUCACGUGGACUUUUGUACCUUCCCCGAACAGGAAAAGAAAGAAAAGCGAGUACAAUAAUGUUUUUUUUUUUGAGAAAGUACAAUAAUGUUAGAUACUGUUAUGGUGACAUGCAACCGUAACAUGCAUUUUUUGGUCGAUUUAUUUUUAAUUGUGGUCGACCGAAUACACUAAUGUGUGCAAUAUGACGAUUUAUCACGAUCGACUUUUAAAAUGUAGUGGUCGAUCGUUUUGAGUUAAGUUGUGAAAUUAUCGAUCAACCACAAUAAAACAUGGGUCGCCCUUUUCAUUGUAGUCUGAAGCAAAUUGGUCGACCGUAAAGGUAACGAGGUUGACCAAUUGAUUGUGGUCAUUACCAAAAUGGUCGACCAUUUACAGAAAAAGCUCGACCAGACAGAAGAGCAAAGUGCUCUAUCCAUUUAUCCAUCCUUUUUUGACGUGAAAUGAAGAUCGAGUGUUGGUCUCAAGAGCGACUGAAUACAGUAAGAGGUCGACCGAAUUAAGGAAAUUUAGCGUAUGGCCUUUGACUUUUUUGCGUAUGUAUGUCGAUGUGGGUGGUUCGUUUGAUCGUUCAAAUUACGUUUGAUAGCCAUUGGAAUCAGUCUUAUAUCAUUAUAGCAAGGACCUAUAACUUCUUAACAUAACAGUAUAACACACUAACAAGAAAUAUAAUAACACACACUUCAUAAUUGUUCACAUAAAACACACCUCAUGAA